GACACGAACCUGAGCUGGCAGUGACUGCCAUCACCAGCUUCAACAUCCUCAUCGAGGCAGUCAACCAGCUGGUGGUGCAGACGCGGGACAUCGAAGACCCUCUGCCUUACGAUGUCACAGUGACCCCCUCUGGCACAGGAUGCGCCGUGUUCAUGGUCGUCCACCAGUUCCACAUGCCGGAGAUCGCAGCCAGCGCCACCUUCAGCAUGACCGUCACCUCCACCAGCGGCUCAUGCACUGCGGCCAACGUCACCAUCUGCGCCUUUUACCUCCUCGAAAAUGAAGAGUCCAACAUGGUCAUCGUCGAGCUUGACCUCGAGUCUGGCUACGUUGCAGAGGAGGCUUCUCUGCAACGCCUGGUGGACGGGAAGGUCGUUAAGAAAUACGAGCAAGACGAGCCCGGCGUCGUGGAGCUGUACCUCGAUUCUCUGACGUCAGCGGAGGUCUGUCUGACGGUGGCUGUGUCUCGGGAGAUCCUGGUCGAAGACGUGAAACCGGGCACCGUCUCCAUCUACGACUACUACCAAAACUCUGAGGAUAAACUGGUUAAGCCACUUGUCAUAGACAGAACUGGCUGUGCUGUUGCUGAGGGCAUUGCGUAACUUAUGGUUUGAUGCAGAAGUCGAGGGAAGGUCUUAGCAUCAAAAUCUGCACCCCCCCCCCCACGGCAAAGAGAAAGAGCUACUCCACGCAUUGUUUUCUUCAUUUUGUGGUUUUCUCUCUCCUUUUAGUGUUUAGGAAGACCUUAUGGAGGACACAAGACUCCUGCUUCAGGAGUUCUAAGAAUCCCCCCCCCAAAAAAAAAAAAAAAUCCAUCAUUGAUGGAAAUCUUUCUUUUUUUGUGAUUUAUGAAGAUAAUAUAAAUAUUUGUCAUUUUGAAAACAGUUUCAUAUAAUUACGAAAUCGGUGUCAAUUUGCUAUUUGGAAUGAACUGUAUUGGCAACCUAUUCAAAAUGUGUUCCUGUGAUUAAAAUUAAAAUUUGCAGCAUGAAA